UAAAGAAGAAAAACUCAGGCUUAUUACUGGUUGUCAGAGUGAUGUCACUAUUUUGUCAGAUUCAUUGACACAAAGGGAUCAUGUGUUUUCAUCCACAAGAACGUCAUCCUCAUUAACAUCCGCGGAAUAUGAUAGUGAUUCACACACAUCAGUAAUUCACAGCACACCGUUUACUUUUCCGCCCAACGACACAUUUAUGAAUGUGACAUUACUACCAGGAACUUCUACAUCAUCCACGGAUUUAUCUACUCUUGAAAACUAUACCUUGGAGCCCAUUGAAGAACUACCUGCUCCCUCAAUAAAUUCACGGGAAGCCGAGAGUGAAGCAAACACUUCUUUGGUUCCCCUUCCAAAAAAACCUAGACUGGAUACUAUUGAAAGUUUCGAUUUGCAGCAACUUCUUCAAAAAACACGCACAGGGCAGGCGAUAGUCAAUAUAUAUAAAGUAAAAAAAGUUUUAGAUAGCAUCAGUCAGUCCUACUUAGUAGACAUUAUAGUAUGUUUCUUUCUUAAUAACGAACAUUGGAGACUGACUAAUGAUGACUUUGAGGUAAUCGCCGGAAAAAUAAUAGCACUUUUUCCAAAUGAAAACAAGGAUGUAUAUUUUUGCCCUCCUACACAGGAAAAAAUAAGUUGUUACUUAAAACACAACUGUAGGCACCAAUCAGUAUCUUGGUUCAUUACAUUGGAGGAUUAGCACCAUCAUACCUUUAAUUAACAAAUAUAAAAUAGUACUGCCACCACAUAUAUUGUAGUUACGUCAAACUAUAGGAAACCAUAUUCCAACAAUCCUUUUAGGUAUUUUAUAUAGUAAUAAAAUAGCUUUUCUAAACAUAUAUUAUUGUAAAAAACACAAUCUGUGUUGUUGGUGCAAUGUGUGAAUGUGUUUUGACUACACAUUAGUUUUUGA